CUCCUUUUCUUUCCCACUUGAUCUCCAUGGAUUUCCUAAGUGCGAUAAGUAACAAAAGUUUCAUGGUUGUCACAUAUCUAAUCCUAGGAAUUUUCAUAUCCUGCAGCCACACCAUAACAGGUGCAGGAGCCAUAGGCGUAUGCAAUGGAGGAAUUGCCGAUAAUUUGCCCAGUGAACAAGAAGUUGUAGAUCUCUAUACAUCAAAUGGAAUCGGGAAAAUGAGAAUCUAUGAUCCGAAUCAAGCAACUCUCCAGGCCCUUAGAGGAACAAACAUAGAACUAAUCCUUGGUGUCCCAAAUGGUGACCUUCAAUCCGUUGCCACUGCCUCAGCUGCAAAUGAUUGGGUCCAAAAAAAUGUAGUAGCCUUCUCACCAGACGUUAGAUUCCGCUAUAUUGCUGUUGGAAAUGAAGUAAAGCCAACUGAUGCAGCAGCUCAAUUUGUUCUCCCUGCAAUGAUGAACAUUUACAAUGCUUUGGUGUCAGCAAAAUUAGAUGGUCAGAUGAAGGUUUCUACAUCAGUGGAUACAACUUUGUUAGGAAAUUCCUAUCCUCCCUCAGCAGGCUCUUUUAGUGCUAGUGCAAGUUCUUACAUAACACCAAUCAUCAACUUCCUGGCAAGCACUGGGGCACCACUUCUUGCCAAUAUCUACACUUACUUUGCUUACAUUAGUGACCCAAAAACCAUCGAUCCUAGCUAUGCCUUGUUCACAGCUCAGGGAACUGUGGUACAAGAUGGCGCACUCGGGUAUCAAAAUCUUUUUGAUGCAACGUUGGAUGCGUUUUAUUCUGCUGUAGAGGCGGCAGAGGGUGCCAAUGUGGAGAUUGUCGUGUCAGAGAGUGGUUGGCCAUCUGCUGGAGAGACCGCGGCAACAGUUGACAAUGCAAGCACUUAUUAUAAGAAUUUGGUCGAUCAUGUUAACAAGGGAACUCCCAAGCGGCCUGGAAAACCUAUAGAAACUUAUCUGUUUGCCAUGUUUGAUGAAAAUCAGAAGGGUCCUGCUGAAACUGAGCGCCAUUUCGGCCUCUUCUCCCCUAAUAAACAGCCAAAAUAUAAAAUCAGUUUCAGUGCACCAUCCAUAGGCGUAUGUAAUGGAAGAAUUGCCGAUGAUUUGCCCUCUGAACAAGAUGUUGUGAAUUUCUACAAAAUCAAUGGCAUUGGAGCAAUGAGAAUCUAUGAUCCAAAUCAGUUCACUCUCCAAGCCCUCAAAGGAACAAACAUACAACUAAUCCUCGGUAUCCCGAAUGCUGCUCUUCAGUCCCUUACCGAUCCUUCAGCUGCAAGUGAUUUUGUUAAAAGAAAUAUAGUAUCCUUCUCGCCUGCAGUCAAAUUUCGCUACAUUUCUGUCGGAAACGAAGUAAAGCCAACUGAUCCGGAAGCACAAUUUGUUCUGCCUGCAAUGCGGAACAUUUACAAUGCUUUGGUAUCAGCAAAUUUAAAAGGACAAAUCAAGGUUUCUACAUCAGUUGAACCAACUUUGUUGGGCAAUUCUUACCCUCCCUCGGCAGGGCUGUUCAGUGAAGCUGCACGUCCUUACAUAAUACCAAUCAUCAAAUUCUUAGCAAGCAAUGGGUCACCUCUACUUGCCAAUAUCUAUACCUACUUCAGCUACAUCGGUGACACGAAGAACAUCGAUCUUGGCUUUGCGUUGUUUACAUCUCCGGGAGUUGUAGUGCAAGAUGGACCAUCCGGGUAUCAGAAUCUGUUUGAUGCAACAUUGGAUUCUUUGUAUUCUGCUCUUGAGAAAAUAGGAGCUGCCAAUUUGGAAAUCGUAGUCUCAGAGAGUGGUUGGCCAUCUGCUGGAGGCACCGCAGCAACAGUUGAAAAUGCAAGCACUUACUACAAGAAUUUGAUCAAACAUGUUAAGAAUGGAACCCCAAAGAGGCCUGGAAAACCUAUAGAAACUUAUUUGUUUGCAAUGUUUGAUGAGAAUCGAAAGGGUCCUGCUGAAACUGAGCGCCAUUUCGGCCUCUUCUCCCCUAAUAAGCAGCCCAAGUAUCCAAUCAAAUUCGUUUAG